UCGAAUUGUAAUAUAAACAUUUAUAGUUAAAAACAAAAUCCGCGAAAUGUGCUUCAUGAAAGGUUCCCAAGCAGACGACAUCAUAACUUGAAGAUGGACUCUAUUGUUAGCACAGGGAAGGCCAUCCGGUGGUCAAAAGAAGAGGUUUCAACCCUUGUAACUCUUGUUACCGGGAGUAUAGACAUAAUUAAGGGGAAAUUUUCUCCUGGCCUAUCCAGUUCCGACAAAACUAAAUGUUGGGACUCCAUUACAGAAAGUAUCAAUUCCUGCAACAUACAACCUAGAAGUAUCACGCAAGUAAAGAAAAAAUGGCUUGAUUUGCAAAGUGAUGCCAGAAAGAAGGAGAACAAAAGGAGGAGAGACAGUUUGAUGACUGGAGGUGGGCCAGCCCCUCCAGAGAUUGACUCUAACGAAUUAAAGAUUAUAAGUGUAACAUCAGACGCUGCCAUUUCAGGGUUGGAAUCAGGCUAUGAUUCUCUAGCAAAGCCAAAGAACUUCAUACAGUUUCAUGAGGAAGGUGAACCAAGUGUCCUAAAAAAUCCUGAAACAGCUGAGGCUAACUUGUCUGCAGCAUUGCCAACAAGAGAAAAAAAUGACACUGAAAAGAGAUUAAUACUAUCUCCAGUCAGGAAAGAAACCAAAAAUUAUCCUGUUCCGUCUUCAUCAGAAUUGUUAUUAGAAGUUGAAAAAGAAAAGCUGAAAGUUAAAAAAGAAAAACUGGAAUUGGAAAAAAAGAAAUUUGCCCUAAAACAGGAAAACCAAGAGGUUUAUAGAAGACAAAGGGAAGAAAAACUAGAACUGUUAAAACAAGGCAUUGCAAUGAAGAAAAGGGGCCUGGAGCUAUUUGAAGAUUAUGUAAAGUUGAAGAAAAUGAAAUUUUCAAACGACUUAUCUGAUGUGAUGUUGUCUCCAAUUAUUAAAAUGAUAAAUGAAAAUUAAACCAAAAAUAUGAAAGCUAAAAAAAAUUUUUUUCAAAUAACAAAACUUAAAUUUAAACUUUAGUAAAUUAAAGCAGUUUUUCCACAGAUACCAGAAUUUUAGCCAAGACACCAUCUAAUUAACUAUUGAGUUGACCUUCUAUGACCAUAUAAGCGAUGUAUACAUAAACAUAGAUAUAAAUAGAUUAAACUACCCAUGCAAUUCAAAUUUUAUAGGUCUGUUAAAUAUAAAUAGAAUAAACUGCCCUUGCAAUUAGAACUUUAUAGGUCUGGUAAAUUUUGUUUUAUAAAUUAUAAAUUUAUGUUUAUCAUGGUUUUUACUGUUAUCAGAAAGAGUUUUUGUGGAUUGAAUUAAUCAAUCAAAUUAUUUACCUUUGUUUCAUUUUCAAGGUUGACAUUCUUUUCCUUUAAAUAACAAUACACAGGCAGCGCAUGCAUAUUCUAUAUCUUUCUACAGGGUUAAUUUGGAGUUCACAUAAAUACGGAUUUAAAUAGGUUGAGUUUUUCACUGGCAAAUGAAUAAUUCAAUGAUUAUUAGCUUUAUUUGAAAAAACUGAACCAUUCCAGCUGAUAAAAGCAAAUUAUUAUUUCACUAUUUCACUUUCAUUAAUGAUUGAACAAAAAAAAACAUACUUCAGAUUUUUUAUAUAUCUAGUAGCUAGUGCCCCUUUAAAGAUAAUUUUAUAUAAUACC